GCGCUUCCUUCUUGGCUACGUUCUGCGUUCUGCGGGGCUGCCGGCGCCGGGGCUGCGCGGGGCCCGGCUCCACCAUGGCCGAAAGCCUUCCCGUCCCGGAGCUUGGGCGUCGGGCGUCGGGGCCUCGCGUGCAGCGAGCCCGGGCCCCGCCCGCUGCCGCCAGAGGCUCGUGUCCGACCCUCCUGCCCGGAAGAGCCGGCCCGACAUCCUCUGACUCAAGCUCUGCAGGUUCUUGCUUUUCCAGACAGGGCAGUGUAUGAAGCCAGGGGUCAUCGGCCAUGCUCCAGACAGCGUGGUCCCAGGAGCCAGUGACCUUUGAGGAUGUGGCCGUGUACUUCACCCAGGACCAAUGGGUCAGCUUGGCCCCUGCACAGCGGGCCCUGUACAGGGAGGUGAUGCUGGAGAAUUAUGCAAACGUGGUUUCCCUGGCAGCAUUUCCAUUCCCCAAACCAGAUCUGGUAUUCCAGCUGGAGCGAGGGGGAGCACCAUGGGGCCUGGAUGCCUGGACAGCCAUCGGGGCAAAGGCCCUGAGAGGCAUCAGCACAGGUGGUGGAGCUCAGACUGAGAAUGAAGAGCAGACUCCAGAGCUGAACAUUUCUAAAGGACCAGAGCCACACAGACUGAUGGCAGAGGUGCUGCGGAUGGAGGUCCCCCAGCCCCCUCACUUGGAGAACAGCUUAGAGAGGCUGCAACAAGAUGAAAUGGGAAAGAAACCCAACUCAGAGAAAGGAGCUUUCACAGUCUCGCCAGUCCAGGAUCUUAAAUCCCCCACUGUUGAAAGGGAGGAGCUAGCCAGACAGUUGGAAGGAAGCUGUGGUGUUUACAUACAUCUCAUUACAAAGCAGGGCCUCCUGGGAGAACAAGUGUUUUAUAAAUGUGGUGAGCCUGGCAUACAUUUCAACCGACAUUCAAACCUUCCCCAGCAUCAGAGCAAUCACAUGGCUGAGAAGCCCUACGAGUGCAAAGAAUGUGGGAAAGCCUUCAGGUACAACUCGAAACUGUCCCGGCACCAGAAAACCCACACUGGGGAGAAACCGUACUCGUGCCAGGAGUGUGGACAAGCCUUCAGUCAAAAUUCCCACCUCCUUCAGCAUCAGAAACUCCACGUGGGAGAGAAGCCCUAUGAAUGUAAGGAGUGUGGGAAAACCUUCAGCUACAACUCAAAACUUAUUCGGCAUCAGCGAAUCCACACUGGGGAGAAACCCUUCAGAUGUAAGGAAUGUGGGAAGGCUUUCCGGUGUAGCUAUGACUGCAUCAUCCAUGAGCGAAUUCACACCGGGGAGAAGCCCUACAGAUGUAAGGAGUGUGGGAAAAGUUUCAGCUCGAAUUCAGUCCUGAUCCAGCAUCAGAGAAUCCACACUGGGGAGAAACCUUACGAAUGUAAAGAGUGUGGCAAGGCCUUCCGCCGGAGUUCGGUGUUUCUCCAGCACCAGAGGUUCCACACGGGGGAAAGACUCUAUAAAUGUAAUGAAUGUUGGAAAACUUUUAGUUGUGGCUCACGCUUCAUAGUACAUCAGAGAAUCCACACUGGGGAGAAGCCUUAUGAAUGCCAGGACUGUGGGAAGGCCUUCAAUCAGAAAAUCACCCUGGUUCAGCACCAGCGAGUUCACACCGGGGAGAAACCUUAUGUGUGUAAGGUGUGCGGGAAAUCCUUCAAGUGGAGUGCAAGUUUCAUUCAGCAUCAGAAACUGCAUACUAGGAAGCAGCCCGCCCAAGUUACAGGGCCGUCCACAGUGAAGCCCCAUGGCCCCACUUCAGUCCUCUCCCCUCUGCCUCCCCACCACACGGGCCCGGCCCCAGCCCUGCCAGGGUCUCCCCCCUGCUCUCCUCCUCGGGCAGUGCUCCCCGCUCCCUCCAUGCCUCUCUUCGUGCUGCUCCCCUCCUCUGAAAUGGCCAGUUCUUCACAUGUCCAAAUAGUGCACUUUCAGGAUCUGGCUUCUCCUGAGAAGUCAUCCCCUUACAGCCUUUAUCUCAUUCCCCAUGAGCUCCCUCGUGUCCUCCUCCAUUGCAUCUACAGUAGCAGUUUCCUGUGAGCUCCUAGUCGCAUCUUUAUUGGUACUCCUCUGGUCUCCUGUUAAGUCAGUCAUUAUUGUUUUCCCAGCUCCAUUUAAGUUCUCACACUUGAGGACCGUGUUUGACUACUCUCUUCUGUUCUCUGGGUAGGAAAUGGUAGUAUUUGUUCUUUUUAGUGUCCAGUGUUGGCCUGCCAUCAGUCUGCUCCUGCCUUCUGGGGCUACUAGGGUUAGAAGAAUUGGCAUAACAUUUUUGAUUCUUGGAGGGUGGCAUUACAAUGAGACGGGCCAUCCUAAUUCAAGAAGUACAGAAAAUGCAAAGUCUGUGGGAGGAAGUGAUCAGAAAAAGUAUCCGAUGAUUACUUUUAGGAUUUAAGAAGGACCAUUUUCUGGGGCAGGUAGCAAGGUUCAUUAUGGAGAAUCUGAGCCUUGGAUUUUUUUUUAACACCUUCAUAAUGACUAUUAUGAUCAUCUUGUGUAACUAAACUAUAGAACAAGGAAAUCAGUGAAAAGAAUAUGAAUGAAAGGCUGUGCGGUUUUUCUGUUUGGGUUUCUUUGCUAUUCCCAUCCAUAUGUUUUUAGUCUCCACUCAAAUAUGUAGGUAUAAAAAGUGACUUGGGUUUGUGCAGUUGAGGGCAGGUACCAGGGUGUAGUAAUCUCUAAAUUACACAUGGAGUAACCUUGUUGGCAUGACGCUGAGGGACACCAGAGGAAGGGAGAAGAGAAACCCAACAAUGACUUGCUUCUCUGCCUUGGAAGACAGUCUCUUCCUGAUCAGUUACCAUAUGUGUGCUCAACACGUCCUCACACCUACUCCAUGUCCCCUGUGACUGAUUGUAAGUGGUGGCACUUUUAAAUUAAUUUCCCAAUGAGCUACUUUGGUAACACCAGAGAGAAGAGUUUAAAGGAUGCUAAUAUUAACCAGAUGUAAUGAUCUCACUGGUUUGGCCAUGCUUUCCAUCUGGUGGUUAGAGGCCUUGACCUUUCUCACAGUCACAGCUUCAGGAUGUUGUAGCCACAUGGAAAGUUACUUUAAAUCAUGUGGGAGUAAAUACUCAGAAAGUGAUACGCAUAUUAUAAUUAUAACACCAUGAAAUUAUAUCUGCAAGGGAGGGCCUAGAAAGACAUUCUGGUGUGUGUGUGUGUGUGUUUUAAGACAUUCUGUUUUUGGUUUUGAUUUUAGUCAGGUUUAUUGAGAUAUACUUUAUAGACAGUAAAAUCCACCCUUUUAAAGUAUACAGUUUGGUGAGUUUUGACAAAUGAAUACAGUUGUAUAACCAAGAUACAGAAAAUUUCUCUUACCCCCCAAAGUUCCCUCAGCACAGGCAGAAAUUUAAAUGGUUAGUAGGAUGUUAAGGAUUUUAAUUUUUGUUCCUUCAUAAGGUUUGUGCAAUAUAUAGAAUUCAGGGGAAUAAAGGGCAAAAACCAAACUUACUUACCCAGCUGUGGUCAGAGCUUUCAGAUAUGCCGAGAUCUCUCAUCCAGAAUGAUGGUUAAGAAAAGCAGUCAAAAUGUAGGAAAAUGACAAUAACUGUGGUUUCUUUGACAUAUUCCUGACACGCGCACAUACAUAUAUACAUGUAUAUGUAUAUGUGUGUGUCAGAAAUAUCUAUAUAUAAUGUAUAUUUAUACAUAGUGUGUGUGUAUGUAUAUAUAUAUGUAUGUGUGUGUGUGUGUGUGUGUGUGUAUAGAUAUAAAUUUUGUUCUAUUUAUUUCCCAGAAACAGCAUUAAACAGAAAGGGCUUCAGGGUGCCUGGGAGGAUUACAGCAAGGAAGGCUGAGGGGUGAGAAAUCCUAAAUUAGCUAGACAGAAAAGAGCAAUUUCUAAAUAUAAUUUGGAAGGUAGCAAAUUAUAUGACAAGAAAGCAAGGAGUGUAGGAAAAAAUAAACGGAUCUCCUCUGGGCUGAAAAUGGCUUUUGAGUUCUCACAGCCAAGAGAUUUACAGGUUUCUGACUUUAAUGAUUUGUAUUUACUCAUUUCUACCUUUAUCCAUUCAUUUCAAUUGGCAUUUAGGGUUUUCCCUCAUUGUUAAUGGAAUGUUACUACACAGCCUCCACAGCACCCACGAGGUGCUGAAGGACAGUAACAAACUGGGGAUGAGGAUUGGAGAGGGGUGCUGGUUAUGUUGUUAUUUCACUUUCAGAGAAAACCAAAACUCUUAAAAGAACACAAUGUUGGAAUUUAAGUUAUGUAUGAGUUUAUUUUUACACUUCUGUCCUUUCUGUGAGUUAUAUUAUGGCCCUUUUCAAAAAGACACCUGAAUAUCCAUCCAGUAAGUGCCAGACACCUGGCUGCAAUGUUGGUCCCUGCAUUAGGCUGCUCUAUGUCUCCUGGCAACUAAGAUUUCUUUCUUCUGUAAUGCCUGGAAGUUUAGUGCAGUUUAUCUUUAACAGUCUUCGCCCGGAGGUGUUGAUCAUCCUGGAGUAAUGCUUCUUGGCCCACAAUGAGCUCAGUCUGUGCAUUCAGAUCUCCCUUUGUUAAUGGCUUGUGACUGGCCAGUAUUGGGGUAGAGUUGCUGGUGAGGUUAUGUGAAAUGGGAAGUUGGUCCUCGGAUUUCCUCUGUGCUCUGUGUCCGGGGUAAACAGGUACUUCUGGCCAUAGAUUGAGUGAAGGUGAAACUCUGCGGUUCUUGGGCCUUUUUCUUAGCGGUGUAUAUGUGUAGUUGACUCAGCAGUGGCAAGGCUGGCUCCCUGGUUAUAGCUUUCCAUCUAAUUCAUUUCUGGUUAUAGUUGUGUUUCUCCUCUUUUCACAGCCACUCCAACACUGAAGCUCUAACAUGAGUUGUUGAUUUAAAAAAACAAAAUACAAAAAAAA